AUGCUCGUCACACAGAGGUCUUGUAGUUCUUGCGUCCUGGGUCCUCCGGGGCCUGGAGCUUCCCAGCGGCUUUACGGGAGGGCGGCGGCCAGCACUCGGCAACCCGAGGCUCCUCCGCGGCACCUUGGCCUUCUGCAGGGUUCCGUCCUCGCUGCCUCGGGCCUUUGCUUUCGAAGAAGGGGCCCAACGGGCCAGAAGCCACGGUCAGCUGGCGCUGCGAGCCUUGAGAGUGCGGUGGAGUGCCAGGUUGAUGAGGAGGAGGACACGUUGCCUCAUUAUUUUCCAAGGACCAUCGACACUUCGGAAGCCGAUGAUUCUAUCAGUGAUGAUAUAGUCUCUGGAGAUUCUACUGCCGAUAUUUGCGAGCUCAUCGGCUUCGAUAUGGGCGAAAGCUUAGACCGCGAGCUGGGGAAGCCCUUCAAUGAGGAGGAGCUGAAAGAAGCCUAUGCAAACAGUGGCUAUUUCGAUGCCAAGCCCUCUCAGAAGCCCUCUGCCAUGUGGCUUAUAGGACCCAGCGCCUGUGGGAAGUCCACUCUUGCGCCGCAAGCGGCCAAAUGGGUGGGCAUGGAUCAGGAGGGCUACGUGACGGUAGACGGAGAGGCCUUCCGUGAUGCCCAUGGCGGGUAUAAGAAAGCCAUACUGAAAGGGCGUCAGCACGGGUGUGUGUGGUGGGGUGCCUACUUGGGGAUCCGAGAGAAUAUCAAUGAGGAGAAGCAGGAACUCCUCGAGGCCGCCAUGAAGGACAGGAAGAACUUGCUGAUCCCAAGCACAUGCCUCCGGCGCUCCCAGUGCGUUGACGUGACGGAGAGCCUCAGAAGAGCUGGAUACGACAUCCAUAUCAUCGGAGUCUUUGGGGACAAGGACACUAUCGUCGAACGUGGCCGUAAAAGGGCGGCCAAUCAAGGCAAACGCUAUGAUCCAAGAGAGUUUGAGUUAGCUCUGAUGAUGUUUGCCCCCAUGCUUCGGCUGUGCACCGGGAUGUGGCGGAUGGUGUGCACGACCGGGCAGAAGGAUUGGAAUGAUUUGCAGGUUUCUUGCGGCGGUGAGGGUCCUCUACUGGAGGAUGGCAUUGAGCAAGUUUGCACUGAUGUUUUCGAAAUAUACCGGGAGGAUGCAUCGCAAGGUGCAUGA